AUGGCUAGUGGUUUACAAGCUGCCGCCCGUCAUGGCGCCCAAAGUGUAACUCAAUUGGCCGGCUCCACUUCUUCCCUGCGUCGAACAAUCCAGGCUAAUGGUCUCCGACGAUUUGCCCACCAGACACAAACCUCCCCUCCUACUUCACCCUUCGCCCCCCGUCACCUUCUUUCCAUUGCGGACUUGACCCCGGCCGAGUUCGCCACCCUGGUCCGCAAUGCCGCGUCGCACAAGCGCGCGAUCAAGUCCGGGGCCAUCCCGCAAAGCCUGCUGGGAUCGUUGUCCGGCAAGACCGUGGCCAUGAUGUUCAACAAGCGCAGCACGCGCACCCGCGUGUCGACCGAGGCCGCCGCCGUGCAAAUGGGCGGCCACCCGAUGUUCCUGGGCAAGGAGGAUAUCCAGCUCGGCGUCAAUGAGUCACUAUACGACACCUCGGUGGUGAUUUCGUCCAUGGUGUCGUGCCUUGUCGCACGAGUUUCGAAGCACUCGGACGUAGCGGACCUGGCUAAGCACUCUUCGGUUCCGGUGAUCAAUGCGCUGUGUGACUCUUUCCACCCGCUGCAGAUUAUUGCCGACUUCUUGACCAUUUACGAGGCCUUCCCGCCCAAGGCGCACCACCUUUCAAGCCUGGGACUGGAGGGACUCAAGAUCGCCUGGGUGGGUGACGCAAAUAACGUCCUGUUCGACCUGGCCAUUGGCGCCACGAAGAUGGGUGUGGAUAUGGUCGUGGCGACGCCCGCGGGCUACGAGAUUCCGGCGGACAUGCUCGAGAUUAUCCAGCGUGCCGGCGAAGGUGUUUCGAGGCCGGGCAAGCUCACUCAGACCAAUGUCCCCGAGGAGGCUGUUAAGGGCGCCGACCUCCUGGUGACGGACACGUGGGUGUCAAUGGGCCAAGAGGAGGAGAAGAUCAAGCGGAUGCAAGCCUUCAAGGGCUUCCAAAUCACCCCAGAACUGGCCCAGCGCGGAGGUGCCAACGGGGGCUGGAAAUUCAUGCAUUGUCUGCCCCGACAUCCGGAGGAGGUGAGCGACGAGGUCUUUUACAGCCCGCGCUCGCUGGUCUUCCCCGAGGCCGAGAACCGGUUGUGGGCUGCUAUCGCGGCCUUGGAGGGCUUUGUCGUUAACAAGGGGAAAAUCGUGGAGUAA